CGGCACAGCCGGUAGUCGUUAGUCAGACACCCGGCUCUGCGGAGCUCAGCGGAGCUGCGAGUCGCUGCGAGCCUUGUGCGCCCCGCUCCCGCUCCCGCUCGCGCACCCCCAGCCCGACCCUCCCCCGCGCUUUAUCGCGUCCUGGACACGCGACGCCGAGCCCAGCUGACCAGCUGUCGCGGUGUGACGCCUCGCCGCCACAGAGGCCGUCGUCCUGGAGCCUGGACCAGCCCCAGCCGCCGGCACCGGCCGCAGUGCGGCGCCCGCUCGCCACAGAGACCGUCGUCCUGGACCCGGCCAACACGCCGGCAUCGCCACCCUCUCCGCCCGGAGCCGGGCUGGGCGCGGCACUGCGCCAGGGGGCGCCAGAGGUGUGCGCCGCGAGCUGCUCGCCGGACGAUCCACAAUAACAACAACAUGGGGACGUCAUCGGGAAAGAGAGCUGACGGGCGGGGCCGUUCCUGGAACGACUGCCUGCAUGAGUGAAUGCACCCCGAUAAAGUCGUGGAUGUGGCGAGGCGAUGUGGUCUCAUUGAGAUGACACCGAGGCACCACCGAGGAACCAUGGCGCACACGCAUCGUACAGCUUUGAGAGGAGCGAGAUGGCACGCCGCGGCCGCGCUGGCGGCGCUCGCGCUGUUCUGCGGGGUCGCGGGUGCGGCGCCGCCCCCGCCCACUCCUGGCGCCUCCUCGCGGGCCAAGCAGUGCUGCCCCCCCGGCGUGGACCUGAGGAAGAACGAGAGCAAAUGCGCAGACGGCAGCGCGGCGGCUCUGGACUGCAAAGUCAAGUUCCUGCUGGACGGCACGGACGGCGACGACAGCUACGAGAUCACACCGGACGGCCUGCUGGUCCUCGGCAACUCGCUCAUAGAGAGGUACUGCGAGGCGCACAGGCCCGGCAGCCAGAGGAACGUGAGUGCGCUCGUCUGCUUCGACGGCUUCGACGAUGACGUCGAGCACGAGACGCCGCGCCCGCAGUGGUGGUUCGACGUGGCCACGACGCUGUCCUGGAUGUCCGUCGUGUGCCUCGCCCUCACCCUGGCCGCGCACCUGUGGCUGUCGGAGCUGCGAGACCUCCAGGGCCGCUGCCACAUGGGCGCCGUGGCCAGCCUGGGCCUGGGGCUGCUCGUGCUCACCAUCCUGCAGGCGAGCCCCCAACUGGACGGCGUGCCUUGCACCGUGAUCGCGUUCCUGGCAUACUACUGGCUCCUGAGCGCCUUCUUUUGGCUCAACGUCACGGCCUUCAACGUGUGGCGAUCAGUUGUGCUGGAGCACGUCCGCUUCCGCGAGAGCACCCUGUUCGCGUGGUACUGCGCGGUGAGCCAGGGCGCGCCGCUCGCCCUCAUGCUGCUCCUGCUGGCCGCCCACCUGCUGCCCGAGGCUGACGACGGCAUCGUGCGGCCCCGCUUCGGCACCAACAACUGCUGGUUCCACGAUGACCACGCCACCUGGGCGUGGUUCUACUGGCCCCUGGCCGUGCUGCUGGGGAUGAACGUCAUCUACUUCGUGUGGACGACGGCGCGCCUUUGGCGCCAGUACGGCAACAGCAGCGACAGCCCCGGGCGGCGCAAGCUCCUACAACGCCGCUUCCUCCUCUCCCUCAAGCUGUUCCUCAUCAUGGGCAUCAGCUGGGUCUUCGAGCUCAUCUCCUCGGCGGCGGACGUCCCCGGCAACGCGGCCUGGUACCUGACGGACGCGAUCAACGCGAUGCAGGGCGUCAUCGUACUGGUGGUGCUGGUGCUGACACGGCGCAGGGCGUGGCGCGCGCUCCACCGCCGAAGACCUUGUGGCCUGCGCCCCCCGGAGCACUGGGCCUUCCCGCCUGGCGACCACAGGCCGGACGACGACGACGACUCCACGGACUCGGAGGAGGACGCCGAGGACCAGGAGAUGAACGACAUGUCCACCAGGCCUUGCCCCACCUCGUCCAACGGACUCCCUGCCAUCAAGGCCAAUGGAGUGCACUGAUACCGAAAGCCCCCCAGAGAAGGACUCAACCGGUCAACACCAUCAGAGUAGUGAACACCGGGGAAUCAGAGUGGCCAAUGACUGGCUUUUCCGCCGCUAAUGCUGUAGCCGGGCACCCGGCGCAAAGACAAUGCCCCGAGGAGACAAUAGCUCAUCUGAGGGCCGCCGGGCCGCCGCGCACUGCCAGCAUGAGGGCGCGUCGGUGUGACGCGAGUGUGCACAGCGAGGAAUACAGGGUGACAGGGUCUGGUUAGACUGUACCGCAUGCAGGUGUGCAAACGGGUUGCAUACUCGCACGGGGCCAUUAGCCGCCGUGGUGGGAGUCGGUAGGCAAGCCCGCCCGCGCGCCUGCAUGCGGUACAGUCUAACCAGAAGGGGGCGCGGCUUAAGGGUACGCGGGAGACAAAUCAGGGUUGCACUAGGAUUCCGACUUCAAGAGUAUCGCCAAAACUGUCAAGCGCUGUCCAGCGCGUCGCCAUUGUGUCACAGACCGUCCAGCGUGCUCGACCUCCUCUCCCCGCCACCUCGGCUAGCCGCCCGCCCGCCCGAGUGCGAGAGAGAAGGAUGCACGCGGCGGGAGGAGACAAUGUCACUCAUACAAUGCAUCGCCGGUCGCUCGGUGCACCUGUCAUAAAUCAGUUACCGGCCGGCCAGCUCGCCUGGCUCGCCCUCCCUGGCCAAAACGUGGGGUAUAGCGGUUUGGUAUACCGGUUUAAUGCCAUUUUCGUUCCAAUAUUCAGACUAAACUACUACUCCGAUGAGCAUGCGUCUGGGGGAAGUACAAUCUACAAACUUUCCUCUACUUCCCAGUUUUUUAGUUUUUGAAAUUGUCCCAACGGGAAGGCUGCCAGAGGUCGGCAAAGCAAGCUGUGCAAAAUGGUCAGAAAAAUGCAAACUUUUGGUCCAAAUAUUGGCCGAAUGGGGUACAAUCUUGUGGAUGUUUUCAAAUGGGGAAGUAGAUCUGAAAAAGUACUACAAGACGCAAAAAACCGCAAGUCUGUAACACACAUAGUUUUAUGGCAAUAUUGGAACGAAAUUAACAUUACCAGCAUAGGGCGGCGCAGAGGCGAAAUUGUCUCCCGCGUACCCUUAAGACACCCACCCUAACAAGCAGUCGUGAUAGCCCUAUUUUUAGUUGAAGAAGUAAAGGCAGCGGCCUGAGAGACGGCGCACGAUG